AUGGAAGGUUUUGAAGGCGUGACGGAUUCAACAGCAAGCUCUUCAGUUCUGGAAACUUUCAGUUCGGAUGCUAACUGGGUAGUAAACGAACUGGAUAGAAUAGCAGGAAUAGAUCCUAAAGAUUAUAAACAUUUUAAAAAGAAGGGUUUGGAAUUGGAGUCUUAUCUUUUGAAAACUAUGGAAAAGGAAGCAGGUAUCACAGAACAAGGUAAACAACUCAACAAGGAGUUUUUAGAAGAAAAAAGAAAGAUUAAAGAAUUGGAAAAACUCAAACUAGAGAAUACUCAAUACAUUGCAGAUCUUAAAAAAGAUUUAAUGAAGGCAGAAAAUCAAACUGCUCUUAUGAACGAAUCGGAGGCAGUCACACAGACAUCUGUCAUUGAACUCGAAAGAAAAAUUGCAAUUCUUGACGACCAAAAAAGAGAGCUAAUUGAACAACAAAAUGCCAAGGAGAGACCUAUUGUUGAAAAUUGUAAAAAUAAUAUCAAACAGCUGAAACAAGGAAUUAAGGAAAUUGAAGAACGAAAAAAGAAGGAGGAAGAAAAAAAGAUAAAACUCGAACAGGAUAUUGCUGCUUCAAAAUAUGAUUUGGAUAACACUCUAAAAACUCAGGGAAGAGAUUUGGAAAAAACACUUCAAAGAUUAAAGGAAGAACCAGAAAGAGAAAGGAGACAGACCGAAAUUGUUAGAAAAGCUAGCAAGGCUUCAUAUGAUGAAGUGAGGUCUCUUGUUGACCGACUUGAUCUUCUUGAUAGAGAAAUUAAUGAAAUAGAAACCAAAAAGAUAGAUUUUGAACAAAUUCACUAUAAUAUGUUCAUGCUUGAGGAUAGUGCCAAAAUUGGAGCAUCUAAACUUCAAGAGGAUAUAGACAGAAUGAGGCAAACACUUUUACUCGAGAAAGACCACGGAAAGGAGGAAAUGUUGGAAAGAGUGAGAUUGAACUUACUUUUAAAAACUACUGCUGAAGAGGAAAAUACAGAAAUCAAACACAAACAAAGUUUAGAAAACGAAGAAAACAUGUACAGUCGAGAUGCAUAUAAUGCUCAACUCCAACUUGAACAUACCAAAUCUGCAAUUGAUAAGCUUACAAAAAUGGUGGAGGAACUUUCUUCAGAAAAGCAAAUGUUGCAAUCAGAAUUGGAAACUACCAAGGAGAAGAAAAUUGAAAUCGAGAGAGAUGUAGACUUAUUAAUUCAUGAACUUCUGACAGGGGAAGCAGAAUACAUGUUCUUGGCUCAAAAAUUAAAAACAAGAAACCUGGAAACAGAUGAAUUAGAAAACAAAAUUGCAGUUGUUGAUGACCAAGAAGGGGAAAUGAAUAAGGUCAUAUCCAAUCUUGAAGCAGCAAGAGAGAGAAAGGCUAGAGAAGCCGCCAAAAAGAAAAGAGACUUUAUGGAAGCUGUGGGUGAAAUCAAAAUUUGCCACUUUUCAAAUGGUGAGCUGUAUAAGAACUUGACAGAAAUUGAAAACAAGUACAUUGCUUUGCAACAAUCAUACUCAUUGAUGGAAAGAGAACGAAACAAGUACGCUAAAGCAAUUCAAGACAGUGCUCAAUCACAUGCUGAAAUUAGAGAAAAGAACAAAAUUUUGGAGAAUGAACUUGAGGUUUUAACAAAACAAAACCAACAAAAAUCGGAAGAACUCAAACAAGUUAAAAGAAAAGUUGAAGAUGAAGUCACCACAAAAGCUAGCAUGCUUAGUGAAUUCAGUAAAAAGAGAUUGGCAUCCAAGCAAAAGGAGGAACAAAAUCUUGAGCUCAUCAUGGAAAUUGACAAGCUAAAUGCUGAUAUUAACUUGGCUGAAGAAAUAAUGGCCCUAUUGAAAAAGAAAUAUGAAGGAGGUGUGCAAGACAGAAACUAUACUGGUAUUCAAUUGAUCGACAGAAACGAUGAAUUGUGUAUUCUCUAUGAAAAAGCAAAUGCCCAAGAAAAAAUUAUCAAAGAAGGUGAAAUUGAAAUGAGAAAGAGAGAUGAGGAAAUUAAAGGCCUAAAGUUGGAUUUGGAAGAGGAAAAGAGAAAGUUGGAAGUGUUAUUCAAAAAUCUUCCAGAGUAUGAAUCAUUGCUCAAAGUGGAAGAGGAUUUGAAGGUUGAUAUUGAAAAACUUAAUACACAAGGUCAAAAAUUAUCUGAAGAAUUAGAAAGGCCAGAAAAUUUAGAGAGGUGGAGGAAGCUGCCUGGAACAGACUCUGUCAACGAAGAAGAGUUACAAGACAAGAUUCAAGAUUUGGAAGAAAAACUCAAUCAGAGAAGAGAACAACUCAUGGAAAAGAAUCUUGUUCUGAAGGGAAUCACUAAAUCAUCUGAUAAGUUAAGAAAAUUGGCAAUGAAAGGAAGAGAUGAAUCAUUUGACUUGUCUGUCAAUCUUAACUUUAUUCAAAAGAAAAUCGAGCAAACUACAAACAAGAUGAAAUCAACUGUUUCAGAGCUGUCAAUUUAUGGAACAGAAACUAUGAGAUUAGAAGCUGAGAAUAAGCAGAUAAAAUCCAUGGUAGAUGAGGCUCGUGACAGAAUGAGUCGAGGAGAACCACCAACAGAGGAAAUUGAAAGAGAAUGGGCACACGAGGAAGAAGUCAAACAAAGAUGGAAGGAGCAAAUGGCAGAUAGAAAGAAGAGACUUGAAUUUGAAUCGUCACUUCCUUCAACUAUCACAAGAACGACUGCCAUUAAGAGGCCAAAUGCUUACAUUCCUGAUGAUGAAUUGGGUAUUCCUAAACCUUACUUCAUGCCACCAGUUAUUUAUUCAACAAACUCUGCAAAUAUGAGACACAUCAAGAAACCAAAAGCAAAGGAUAUUGUUAUUUAA